AUGGUCAGGGGUCAAAUAGAAGUCCCCUCGCGCAUCUCAAUAAACUUUACCAUCCAUUUUUCCACACUGCAUGCAUUCUCUCUGAUCCAUUUCGAGGUCCGCAUCACCAAACCCAAGUCAUACAUCAAACAUAAACCUCACCGAUCCGAUCUCCGCACCACCAUGCCGACCAUGACCUCUAAAGCCCGUCUCUUUCACCUAGAGCGUCUGGCUUUCAGGGAACACUGCAACGACGUUGCCCUCUUUAUCCUAGGCAACGCGGAAUUGAGCAUCGCUGAGCUCAACGACUUCAUCGUGGAGCUCCGCGCCCAUGUCACCGUUCUCUGGCUUGCCGGCAAUAUGCUUCUCCGCGACUGCAACCCCGAUGACCUGGCACACCUGCCACCCGGGUUCAUGACAGGUAUGCAACCUCGCCUGGGACGAUCCCCCAUGACCGAGUUCGCCUGGGGAUGCUUCCAGCCCAGGUCGCGGUCCCAGGCGAGGUUGCAUACCUGUCAUGAACCCGGGUGGCAGGUGUGCCAGGUCAUCGGGGUUGCAGUCGCGGAGAAGCAUAUUGCCGGCAAGCCAGAGAACGGUGACAUGGGCGCGGAGCUCCCCGAUGAAGUUGUUGGGCUCAGCGAUGCUCAAUUUCGCGUUGCCCAGGAUAAAGAGGGCAACGUCGUUGCAAUGGUCGAUGAAAGCCCUACCCUCUUGGUCAAAGAGAAGGGCUUUAGGGCUCAUGAUCGGCAUGGUGGAUUUGAGAUGAGAUACGAAGUGCGGAGAUUGGAUUGGAUCGGUGAGGUUGAUGUAUGA